AAUUUUAUCAGUAAUUUUUGUACAAGGUAGGGGGGGGGGAAAUACCCCCCAAAAAUUAUCAAAUUUUUGUGGGAAGUUGUUAUACUCUGUGUGAGAAAAAAAAAAGUCGGUAAGUUUUACUGCAAUGACACUAUCUAUUAUUUUCAGAAUAAUAAUUAAAAAAAACUCCUCUCCUGGUCAAAUUUACAGUAACAUGAGGGUUAAAUUAGUACUGUUCUUUUUCUAGUUUCUAAUUUCUAGUACUGUGUGCCCAAUGAAAGCUUUGUUCCCGAAGCAAAACCAGUUGAACGCCACUGACUUAUACUAUUUAUGUGUUGUGAGGAAAACCACGUGUGACUCUUGAAGUGUGCUUCAGUGUUAACAGCUGCUGGAAGCAGCACUUUCUGUCAGGUUUUCUCACCUGUUGAGAUGGAUCGCAGACAGAAGCAGGCGGCUCUCUCUUUCCUCAACAACAUCUCUCUGGAUGGAAAAGCAGCGGAGGCGAACGGGGCUCAGAGUCGAGCUGAGGAUGGCGCCAGAUUCACGCUUUUAACAUCUGCUCCAGUCCUACGAUCACAAACAGCUUCAGGAGGACAGCAGCCUGGUGAAGAGGAGUGUGGAGGUCAGACGAGGAGCGAAGUCAAAACAUCUCUUCUGGACACCGAAUCCAAAGUGAACAUCUCUAGAGAGCUUCAGAGUAAGUCUUGCACAAGUGUCGUACCACCCAGGAGCAGCAGACGAGUUCAUUUCAUCAAAAACAUGAGACAACAUGAUACUCGCAAUGGAAGGAUAGUUUUGAUCAGUGCCAGAAGAGCUCUAUACGGGAUGUUUUCUGUCCUGCGCUAUCGAGACUUCAGCCAGAUCAACGAUCAAAGGUUAGACUGCGGCCAUCAGAAGAACUUCAGCGGAGCGACUAGAGACGCUGUGAUUGGUCUCGAUGCUGUUGAACCUGGAUCCAAGGGUAAGGCAGUGUCGUAUACAAAACUUCUGUCUCACACUAAUGCUUUGAGCGGCGGCGCUGACGUCUUCACACAGCAUUCUGGGUCACAAUGUGUUUUGAGUUCAGUGUGUGACGUCCUCGCUCAGACUGGCAUAAAGAGAGAAUUAAAAGGGAAAAACAUUGAUGAGUAUGACCCAAAUCUUCUGGAUGAUCCACAGUGGCCAUGUGGGAAACACAAACGAGUGCUUGUCUUUCCUUCUUAUAUGACAACGGUCAUUGAAUACGUGAAGCCGUCCGACCUGAAGAAAGACAUGAAUGAAACAUUCAGUGAAAAGUUUCCACAUGUUCAACUGACCCUCAGCAAAAUCAGAAGUCUGAAAAGAGAGAUCCGUAAAUUAGCCCAGGAGGAUUGUGGGUAUGAAGAACCGACGAUUGCAAUGGCUUAUGUCUAUUUUGAAAAGCUCGCCCUGCACGGUAAACUGGACAAGCAGAAUCGUAAACUUUGCGCCGGAGCUUGUAUCCUCCUCGCUGCCAAAAUAAGCAAUGACCUCAAGAGGCCAGAGGUCAAACACCUCAUAGAUAGACUGGAGGAGCGACUGCGGCUGAAUCGCAGGGAUCUUUUAUCACUGGAGUUUCCUGUGCUGGUGGCGCUCGAGUUUAAACUGCAUCUGCCACAGCGCGAGAUCUUACCGCACUACAGACGCCUCUGUCAGACCACCUGAAACCAGACCAGACCAGAUCCUCAAAACCCACAGCCGAAUUCCUGGUGUUCAGUAUUUAGAUGUUUUGUAAGCUACACACCAUGUAAAUAAAGA